CGGAAAUCAAAGACCAUAUGGUUUGAGCGCAUGCUCAGUUAGUGCGAGGACAGCCAUAGUUGCCGUCAGUUAUUGUUCGCGUGAAGAGGUACGAUUGAUAUCGUCUGAAUGGCAGAUCAGCAGUCGGCCCUGUUGCUACGAAAACAGCUAAACGAGCUGAAGAAAAAUCCCGUCGAAGGCUUCUCUGCCGGGCUAAUAGACGACAAUGACAUCUACAAGUGGGAGGUUCUCAUUAUUGGCCCACCAGACACACUGUAUGAGGGCGGGUUCUUCAAGGCACACCUGUACUUCCCAAAGGAGUAUCCGCUACGUCCUCCGAAGAUGAAAUUCAUUACAGAAAUAUGGCACCCAAACAUUGAGAAGAAUGGCGAUGUUUGCAUCUCAAUCCUGCAUGAGCCGGGGGAUGACAAAUAUGGCUAUGAGAAGGCGAGCGAACGUUGGCUUCCUGUGCACACGGUGGAGACCAUUCUCAUCUCUGUCAUCUCCAUGCUGGCUGACCCCAACGAUGAGUCCCCAGCGAAUGUGGAUGCAGCGAAACAGUGGAGGGAAAACUACGCUGACUUCAAGCGAAGAGUGGCGCAAUGUGUUAGGAAAAGUCAAGAACCUGCCCAAGAUUAAAUUUUCUUUAGUUUAACUGCCGGUACAGGGAGUUUUGCUUGUCCGCACAUCCUGUUUCUCAACAAGUAUCUGCUGCAAAGAAUAAGAAAGGGUUGGAAAAGAGAAAGAGCAAAAAAAAAAAGGAAAGUAACUGCACCUCUCAAGCCACUUUGGGACAGUGAAAUGUGUGCAGGACAGUUUUUUUUUAAAGAGGGACACUGUUGAAGUUGUAGGUGGGCCUAUUGUGUACCCGUGAAAAGCAACAAAAAAAAGAGAAAUUGGGUGGUAGUUGGGGAAAUGACGGACGAGAUGUUCCCUCUGGUGUCCUCAAGGCGCAACUUUGACUGCUCCGGCAACUCCAGUGGCUGCUCCUCUGCACUGAAAAAUGAAGCGACGCUGUCGACAAAAUUCUUUUUGUACUGCGCUGUUGUUCGCCUGACGUGGUGGGUGGACCUGCCGCCGUCAUUUCCCUUUCCCGCUGCCCCUCCCUCUAUUUGAAAAUGAAAGUGAUAAAAAAAAAAACACUGACGCUCGCUUGAUACUUCUUAUGCAUGACCUCCCCCCACCCCCCUGUUUUUUAAAAUGUCAUCCGGAUUUUUUGUUUACUGGAACGGAAUGCCCAUAAAGUGUGAGUGUGUUGAACGUUCAGUUUUCUACGAUUUUCCCAUUUCUACAGUGUUGAUGCGUAUUUUUAUUUUUUUUUUUCAUGCCACAGUUUUCUUUCCAUGUUGUGUGCUCUGAAACUGUGCAAGAAUGUUUUGAGCCUUUGGGUGAAGAUUAAAUCGUCUAAGAUGUGGAAAUUGGCUAGAGGUGACAUGUUAUAUUUUGUGCUUCAGUGUAGUAUAAAAAAAUGGACUCAUUGAAACACUGUUGUAGCUCUGGGAUUGUCGGAUGUUUUUGCAGUGUCAUUGGUGCCAGGUCAGUGCUUUGUGCAGUUUUGUUCAGGGUUAUGAAGUUUUCAAUUAUGUACAGUAUGCUUAAAUAUUGUGCAGGCCAUGUGUGAGUCACUUGUUAGUGAAGUGUUGGCAUUGAGAAACUGAUUACUGUACUGGAGGCACCAUUAUGAAAGAGCACCUGAUUGAUAUUUAAACAAUGAUUAACACUGAACUGCGAGAUGGAAUACUGCUUGCUGACGCACAUUAUGUAGUCUUUGUCUUUAAAAAAAAGUGUUGUAGUACUUUUCGUUUCACCGUUUCAAUCUGGUGUUCCCUUUCAUAUUGGUGCAUACUGCGCAUACACAAUUGUAACAUGGGCAGUUGUCAUUAGGUGGCAUUGCACUUACUUUGUGCAUCGCCAGGCCUGCUGCUGUGCCUCUUACUGCUGGAUUUUUUUUUUCCUGGCUUCUUUGCUCAAUCUGCAGAAGGAAGCCAAUUGCGGUCAAUAAUAUUGAUCGAGAUGGGGCUCGAUCGCAGUUGAAAGUGGCCGGUAUUAAUCAAUGCAGUGCAUUUUCAUCUGUAAGCUGAAACAGUCUCGCUUAACAUGCGUGCAGGCGAGUGUCACUGAACAAGCGAGUGGAACCUCAUUGACAGUGACACCUCAGCUAGAAGCAUUGGAAAUUGUCAUCUACUGUUGUAGCACGUUUCUGAUAAAACAUAAGGUUAUUACGUUUCUGUUGAAAUUUUAGCCUCAUUAAGAGGGCUACAGAGAAGCCAUAUGUGCUUAGGGCUAUCAAAUCUGUUCCUGUCAAAUGCUUCCUUUUUACGUUCUGUGUAUAUUGGCAUUGGGCACCUUUUUUGUGUGUUACUGAAGGAAGAAACAUUCAAGAAUUCAUUUAGACUAGUCUCGUCCGAGACUCCACUGUGUGGAUGGCAGUGGCACGCGUUGAUUGAGCCUGUUGAUGUGUUUGUGUUGCUCCUCUGCGAUACCUGACCUGAAAUGUGAUCAAGCACUUUCAGCAUGCACUGAAAAGUACUGAAAUGGAAGGGCAUUUCUUGAGCAACACCACCUCAUGGUAAUUGGCAAGGGGCAUUAACGAAGUUCACUGCCCUCUCUCCAACUGUUCGGUGGAGUCAAUAAACGAGUUGCAGCAUCUUUAAAUAUAGGCGAAAGAACCAUCAGCAGUUUGAUAGCCCUGUGAAUGCAGUCAUUGCGUGCUAACCUGCCUUGUCACACAAGUCUGCUUGGCAACUACACCUUUGCUACCUGUGCUGUGUUGCUAAAAUUACCAGAGUGCAACUGGAUAACAUUAGAGCUAUAUUUGAAAAGUGUAAUUAAUCAACGUUUGCUUCUCCCGUUCUUAUUGCCUUCUCCCACGUUCGUUUUGAUUAUGUACGAGUGAGCUGUUUUGAUACUCUGAGGUUUUUGGGAUACAUUUGUUGCCUUACGUUUACAGCCCUCUGAGAAUUUGUGCAACUGCCAUUAUUGUCCCCAAUCCUUUUUUUUCUUCAUUGAAGAUGCGACUGGAGUUAUUAGACACCCUGUGAAUUUUUCUCAGCUUUGUACAGUUGACUAAAUAUAUUUUCAUCUCUUUA